UUCUUCCAGAGAGGAGCAGGAAGAUGGCCACCAAAACACCAUCUGUGAUGGAGCGCAACAUCAACACCAUCAUCGACGUCUUCCACCAGCACUCUAGGUUGGGAGGAAACACAGACACCCUGAGCCAGAAGGAAUUCAAAAAGAUGGUGGAAAAUGAUCUGGCAAACUUUCUGAAGGAGGAGAAAAAGGAUGUAAAAUUCAUAAAGGACAUCAUGGAGGACCUGGACACAAACCAGGACAAGGAGCUGAACUUUGAGGAGUUUGUGAUGCUGGUAGCAAAGCUGGUCUUUGCCACCCAUGAGAAGAUGCAUGAGGGACACCCACGUGGGAAAGAUCACAGCCAUGGUUUAGGCUUUGGGAAGUAAUUAGGAGACCAGCCACCUUGCACCUGGCCAAACAAGGCAAAAGAGAAUGUCUUAUCAAAUGGCCUUGGUUAUGGGGUUGGGAAACGAUAAAAAAAAAUAAAGUCUUUAUCCAUUCCAGUGA